UUCAGCACAGGUGGAGGGAUUUGGUGCUUAAACAUGACAGUUUCCUACAGUCUUGAGGUGGCCAAUGCCAGGUUUGCUGGCUUUUCCAGGCUCCUGUUCAGGUGGAAGGGAAGCAUCUACAGGCUGCUCUACAAGGAGUUACUGGUGUUUUGUAGUGUUUAUUUGUUUUUCAGUUUGUUUUACAGGUUUCUCCUCACACGGAGGCAGCAGGAUCUGUUUGAGCGUAUCGCCCUUUACUGUGAUCAGUUCACCAACACCAACUACAUCCCUGUUUUGUUUGUGCUUGGUUUCUAUGUGACCUUGGCCUUUAAUAGGUGGUGGGGUCAGUACACCAGCUUCCCACUGCCUGACAACCUGAUGAUGGUGGUGUCUGGGAACGUCCACGGGACUGAUGAGAAGGGCCGUCUGCUGAGACGAACCCUCAUGAGAUAUGCCAAUUUAUCUUCGGUCCUUAUUCUCCGCUCCAUUAGCACAAGAGUUCACAAGCGGUUCCCAACUUUGGACCACAUUGUGGAGGCUGGAUUUAUGACCUUGGAGGAGCUGAAAAAGUUUGAGUCACUGCACUCUGACUUCAACAAGUACUGGAUGCCUCUGACGUGGUUUUCAAACCUGGCGUCCAGAGCGAGAGAGGAGGGCCGAGUGAGGGACGACAUAGCUCUGAGGCUGCUGAUGGAUGAACUCAAUAACUACAGAGCAAAGUGCAGUCUGCUGUUCCACUACGACUGGAUAAGCAUCCCUCUGGUCUACACUCAGGUAGUAACUAUUGCAGUUUACUCAUUUUUUGGCUUCUGUGUGAUUGGCCGACAAUUCCUGAAUCCCGAGAAAGGUUACAAGGACCACAGACUGGACUUGUACGUCCCUGUUUUUACCCUGCUGCAGUUCUUCUUUUACACUGGCUGGCUCAAGGUGGGAGAGCUGAUCAUCAAUCCAUUUGGCGAAGAUGAUGAUGACUUUGAAACGAACCAGUUGAUUGACAGAAACUUUCAGGUGUCAAUGCUGGCUGUGGACGACAUGUACCAGAAUCUGGCUCCAAUGGUGAAGGACAAACACUGGAUGAAGAGACACUUCUCCAUCCCUUACACUCUGUCGACAGCAGCGGAGAGCCUCAGACCAGCAUUCAAAGGCUCCACUUAUGACAUGAGGAUGAGUGCUGAAGAUCUAGAGAUUCACCAGCCUGGAGGCACUCCUAUGAACAAACAGCAUUUGCACCUUCAGGACUCUGUGAGUGAUGGGCUCAACAGCCUUCUGCAGUGGGGUAAAGGCAUCCUGCGCGGUGGGAGCCUCUCUUCUCUGAAGGAAGUCUCGUCAAACCCAAACGAGGCAGACGGGGAUGAUGAAAGGGAAAUAGAUGUGAUCACUCACAAAGAACAAGAAAGGGGACUAAUUAAAGUUUUAAUUGAACACAACUAAUUGAUACUUGCUGUCAUGUUUUUGAAAACGUUUAUUGUAAACAUGACAAAAAAAUGUUUGAAAACAUUUUUUGGGGAGGUGGAAAUGUGACAUUGAAAGGUCUCGCUUGUUUUAAACUGUGAACUACAAUAAGAUUUCAUCCUUUUCAGAUUUUAUUUGUAGACAUUUUUGGAAAUUAAGCACAAAACUAAUUAUUUAUUUAAUUAUUAACUAUUAGAUCUCCUGUUUGCUUAGUACUGUGUCAGAGACCCAUUUUAUCCUAUCUGUCAGAAAUCUAUGUAUUAUGAGAAAAAAAAUGUCUGAUAUUCUUGAGUAAAUAAAAUUCCAAUUGAAAAAUAUGUUAUUAUUAUCAUUAUUGUGCAAUUUACUUUAAGUGGCUAAAAACUCUUUGGAGGGAGCUAAAGUGUUUCUAAGCAGAAAACACUGUGACUGAAAACACUGUAAAACCCUGAUGACUGUAAGUCUUUCAUAAAUGAAAACUUUAUCGGUAUAAUGAAAAUUAUGAAUGUUUAUGAUUGUUGAAUAUACUGAAAUAGGUUUGUCUU